UGCAGCGGUAGCCCCGUCUCUUCCUCCCUCCCUGCCUCCCUCUCGCUCUCUGGAAAUUCAGAGGCCUUCAGAGGGGCAGCACAAUGGAGUCUCCCUGGGAUAUCAUAUCUUAGAAUCUAUAACUGCGAAUUUUCUCCCUCGGAUGUCAUAACUUAGAGUCUAUAAUUACGAAUUUCUCAGUCGGAGAGCGCGGCUCGCAAUCGAUGGCAACUAAGUCUCCUGAUGAUGAAGAAUUCAUUACGCUAGAACUCGAGAAUUCGUCUUCUUCGACGGUCAAGGAAGUAUUCCUCUCGGUCAUGGAUAUCUAUGAUUGGGAUCUCCGUUCCAUCCUCAGUUCAAGAAUUGUCAGGAUUCGAGCUCAUCGCGAUCGGUUGAUGGAGAGCUCUAGAUACUUCGAGGCACUUCUAUCCGGGAGCUAUAGUGAAUCAAGCAAGAACUGCAUCUCAGUUCGUUGGGAUCUAGAGUCAUUCAUAACCAUUCUCCAGUUUAUUUAUGGAUAUCCAGUGGAGUUUACUCUCACCAAUUUUCUUAGCUUGUUGGAGGGUUCAUUGUAUUUUGGAGUACAAAGAAUAUGCUUGGAGUGUGAAAGCUGGUUGUGUGGAAGAAAGUUUGUAGAUGAUUCUGGUUCGCUGGAAAUAUCAUUGCCUGAAAUUAUUGUAGUUUGGAACUUUGGCAUAGAGCAUGGAAUUCCAUUUAUUCUUGACUACUGCAGUGCCUGGCUUGCACAAAACUUUGCAGAGGCUGCUUCUUAUAGUUCUUUCGAUUGCAUUCCCGAUUCUUUUCUGGAAUCAUGUAUCAAACAUCCACAACUAACAGUGGAGAGUGAGAAGCAACUAUGUGAAGCACUUGUGACGUGGAUAACUAACAAUGUUGAUUCCUCACCUCAAUCUGCAGACUCUGAGGCCAGUUGCUUUGAACUUAUGCAGAAGGUUCGUCCUGGGCUUUUACCCUUGGGGUUUAUCUUAGGACUAAGUGGAUUCCCCAGUCUCUCCUGGUUUGCAGCUAAAAGCAUCCACCUAGUACUUGACAUUAUCAGCAACCCGCCUAUGAUGAUAAAUAGUGCCCUAUCGGAAGCUGAUUAUGAUAAUUUUAAAGUUCGGUUAACACAAAAUACAAAGAAAUUGGACUUUUCAGGCUGUCCACAAGUGACUGGGCCGUUGCUUGUGCUGUCCCUUCUCCAGUUUCCAUACAAGUCAAAUAACUUCAGUGACUGGGUGAGGCAAUCUUUAAGAGAGUUUGACCGUCUGAGAAAUGAUAAGUUUAUGUUCUCUCAAAUGUCAUUAAAAACAGCCACUUUUGAAGCAGUUUGUGAAGUUAACUUUUCCAAAUGCCCAGGGGUGCAUUUCUCUGAUAUAGUUAAUCUAUUAAAUCUAUCAUUUCCGUCAUUAAGAAUAUUCAGAGCCUCAUACAAUGUUCACCUCAACUUGAAGAAUAUGUUAAAUCUGUUGGAAAGUUCCCCUCUCAUCAGUGAAAUGGACCUGAGUGUUGACUGUAGUCCUGUAAUGCUGCUGAAAGCUUCAAUACUGUCAUCUGUCACUGAUGGAUAUCAGCAAUUAUCUGGUAAACUUCACGUGUUUAAUGGAAGACCUGCAUUCUCAAAACUCACAAAGUUAUCACUGGAAGGCCGCACUGAGCUUAGAGAUUCGGACUUGGUAAAUAUAUCACUUCUUGCUAAUUUGUUAUCUCAUCUUAACCUGAAAGGAUGCACUUCCUUGACCGACAUGGGAAUUUCAAAGGCUGUAUUCAAGUUUAAGCAGCUAUCCUCCAUUAUUGCUGCUGAUACUUACUUCGGGGACCUGUCAAUAUCAUGUCUUUGUUCAGGUUUUCCAUCCUUUGAUUGUUUCACUGGCACAAAGUGUGAUCCCAAGCACUUAAAGCCUUUGGCCUUUACACUACAACAGUUGGACGUAGGUGGUUGCAGAAGUAUAAGCCAAUCAUCUCUUGUGCAUCUUCUUGAACAUGCACCUUUCUUAAAAGAAUUGGGUUUGAGAGACACUGCCCUUGGUGAUGAUGUUUUGUAUCAUUUUGUGGGCUGUUCCCUGGAGGCUCUUGAUAUUUGUGAGACAAUGGUCUCAAGGAAUGGAUUGGCUUACAUCAUUAGAAGAAACCCUAAAUUGAUUGUAUUGAAAGCAAAAGGUUGUCGGCAACUUUCUUCAUCAGAUGGUAGGCUUCACAGUGUCGGAUGUAUGUCCAAGUAUGAUUUUGUCGGCAGCGCAACUGAUGGAGAUAAUCUUGAUCAUGCACUGAGCAGAGUUUUCACCUGGGAAGAACUGAGACUUGGAUGGGGAUUUUAUCCUUCCUCUCUAAAAAUACUGGAACCAUCCAUCCAGAUGCUAAAGGCUAUAAACGUUGGUGUUGGUGCUCAGUUAGGAGAAUUAGCAGUCGCCUCACUGCCAAAACAUUGUCCAUUGCUGGAGUCUGUCUCGCUAUGUUUUCAAGUUAUCUCAGAUUCUGCAGUGAGAAACAUUUUUCAAUCCCUGAAAAACCUUCAGGUCUUUGAACUUUGCUGUUGUCUGGGUGAUUUGACAUCCGACAGCUUCAAAAUCAUUUUGCCUAACUUAAGGAGGUUGAAACUACAGAGAGUGACACCAUGGAUGACAGACAUGGACUUGAUCCUGUUGACUCAAAGUUGUAGAAAUUUGUCUGAGCUUUCCUUAUCGGGAUGCAAACUUCUUUCUUUAGACUCACAAGGGAUUAUCUCACGUGGAUGGCCAGGCUUGUCACUAAUUCACUUGGAAGACUGCGGAAAUAUGACUUUGGAUGGUAUCUCUUCUCUUAUGGACUGCAAAGCAGUGGAAGACCUCUUGCUGCGUCAUAAUGGCCCAGGAAUUCCGAGGAACUUCAUCGUAGAUGCAGCAUCCAAGUUGCCCUUGCUACGGAAACUGGCUUUGGAUUUGUGUGAUGCAAGAGAUGGUGGCUUUGAUAGCCCAAGUGCUACUGGCAGGUUUUUCUUGAGGACAGUAACGAUUGCACGUUGCAGGUCAGAAAGAUGUGCAUUUGUGCUUCCAAAUGUUGCUGGGCAGAAGCACACCAUGCAUAAGGAGAGCAUUGUUUUGGAGUGGAAUAGUGAGGAACUUAGGACGUACAUCGUUGAGGAAAGAGUUUAGCACCUCAUGAUUUGUGGGUGGGCCAUCUCUUCUAUUCGUCCUCAUGUUGGUUCAAAUAGAUCAGAUUUGGUUGGUUUUCCAAUCCUGCAUACAAUGCUAUCAGUUAUAUUGCAUUUGUAGAUU